AUGUCGCUUUUCACAGUGGAGUCUCCCCGUUGGCUAGUCUCGCAAAACAAACGCGACACGGCUCUGACAGCUCUUGUGCGCCUCCGUAGCCUUCCAUCCCACGAUCAGUACUUGCAGGACGAAUACCAGGGCAUAACGUCCGAGACCGAGGACAACGAAUCUAACAGUUUCUGGCAAAUUGUCAAGGAGACCUUCAUGGUUCGUUCGAAUUUACGCCGCUUGCAACUGACUAUAACGGCUUAUAUCCUGGCCCAAAUGUCCGGCGCCAAUUCAAUCACCAAUUACCUCCCUACAAUCUUUGGUAUAGUCGGCGUCACUGGGUUGAACAUCAAGCUCUAUACGACAGGCUUGUACGCUCUCACCAAACUGGUUUGCUGUAUUGCUGCUUCUCUCGUUCUGGUCGAUCUUGCAGGCCGUCGACUAUCUUUGCUGCUGGGGUUAGCAUCCAAAUCAUUUGCCAUUCCUAUUUAG